AUGGGGUAUGAAAUAGGAAAACCGUUGGGAAAGGAUUCUAGUGGAAUCACUGAGCCAAUAAACAUCGAAAUGAAAUCUGAUAAAUUGGGUCUAGGAAGGUCUUCUGAGCUUAAGCAAAAAGCUGAAACGGAACUUGCUAGGAAAGCUAAACGAGCAAAAAUUAGCGAGGAAUCAUUUAUCGAACGUGUGCGCAAAGAACAAGUAGAAAAAAAGGUUAUCACACAGUUGAAUAAAGCGCAAAAUGCAUGUGAAACUUUAGAUACGAGAAAGGGCAUAAUGGACAAUAUUUUCUGGCUAAGCAAAGAAAAUGAUGAAAGUGAUGAAGAACCCUCGGAAUUUGAAAAAUUAUCG